ACGCAGAACUUGGAAGAUGGAGAAAUUAUGAAUGGUGUACAGACAGAACUAGUAACAUCACCAAAAACUAAGGAUGCAUUGAGUGACAUGACAAGAACAGUGGAGAUUUCUGGGGAAGGAGGCCCCUUGGGAAUACAUGUAGUGCCCUUCUUCUCAUCUCUGAGUGGAAGAAUUCUAGGACUCUUCAUCCGAGGCAUUGAAGAAAACAGCAGGUCCAAACGGGAAGGACUAUUUCAUGAAAAUGAAUGUAUUGUAAAAAUCAACAAUGUGGAUCUUGUAGACAAAACCUUUGCUCAGGCUCAGGAUGUCUUCCGUCAGGCAAUGAAAUCCCCAGGUGUGCUUCUCCACGUGCUUCCACCUCAAAACCGUGAACAGUAUGAAAAAUCAGUCAUUGGACCUCUUAAUAUUUUUGGUAACAAUGAUGGUGUUUUGAGAACAAAGGUGCCUCCACCUGUCCAUGGAAAAUCAGGACUAAGGGCAGUAAAUCUCACAGGAACAAACAGUCCUGAAACAGAUGCAUCAACUUCCCUGCAACAAAGCAAGAGCCCCCGGAUACCAAGACUAGGAACGAAGCCAUCCUCUCCCUCACUCUCCCCUUUCAUGGGGUUUGGCAGCAAGAAAAAUGCAAAGAAAAUUAAGAUUGACCUAAAGAAAGGCCCUGAAGGACUUGGUUUCACUGUAGUUACCAGAGACUCUUCCAUACAUGGUCCCGGUCCCAUUUUUGUAAAAAACAUUUUACCAAAGGGAGCAGCAAUAAAAGAUGGCCGCCUGCAAUCAGGGGACAGAAUUUUGGAGGUAAAUGGCAGAGACGUUACUGGACGAACUCAGGAAGAGCUCGUGGCCAUGCUGAGAAGCACCAAGCAGGGAGAGACGGCAUCACUGGUCAUUGCCCGCCAAGAGGGGAAUUUUCUGCCCCGAGAGCUGAAAGGAGAACCCGACUGCUAUGCGCUCUACCUGGAGACAACCGAGCAACUCACCUUUGAGAUCCCCCUGAAUGAUUCUGGUUCUGCUGGCCUUGGGGUGAGCUUGAAAGGGAACAAAUCCCGAGAAACUGGAACAGACUUGGGGAUUUUUAUCAAAUCCAUCAUCCAUGGAGGUGCCGCUUUUAAGGAUGGUCGUCUCCGAGUGAAUGACCAGCUAAUUUCAGUUAAUGGAGAAUCUCUUUUGGGAAAGUCCAAUCAUGAAGCUAUGGAAACACUUAGACGAUCAAUGUCCAUGGAAGGAAAUAUACGAGGGAUGAUCCAGUUGGUGAUUCUGAGGAGGCCAGAGAGACCAAUGGAGGAGUCUGUAGAGUGUGGGGCAUUUUCCAGGUUGUGCUUUGAGAACAGUCAAAAUGCUGCAGCCACCUCCAGGCCUAAUGGUAACAGUACACCGCAUCCGUUUGGUGCUUACUGUCCACAAGACAAACAGAAAGACCUCUUGCUUCCCGAUGACGGAUGGGCCGAGAGUGAAGUACCACCUUCUCCUCCACCACAUCCUGGCCUGGAAUUGGGCCUUGAAGAUUACAGCCACAGCUCUGCGGUGGAUUCGGCAGUAUAUUUCCCAGAUCAGCACAUCAACUUCAGAUGUGUGACACCGGCCAGGCAGCCUGAAUCAAUUAAUCUGAAAGCCUCGAAGAGCAUGGACCUUGUGCCAGAUGAAAGCAAAGUUCAUUCAUUGGCUGGACACAAAUCGGAAUCUCCAAGCAAAGAUUUUGGUCCAACUCUGGGUUUGAAAAAGUCCAGUUCCUUGGAGAGUCUGCAGACUGCUGUUGCUGAAGUCAGGAAGAAUGAACUUCCCUUCCACAGGCCCCGGCCACAUAUGAUUCGAGGCCGAGGCUGCAACGAGAGCUUCAGAGCAGCCAUCGACAAAUCUUAUGAUGGGCCUGAAGAAUUAGAAGCUGACGGUCUGUCUGAUAAGAGCUCUCACUCUGGCCAAGGAGCUCUGAAUUGUGAAUCUGCCCCUCAGGGGAACUCUGAGCUAGAGGACACAGAAAAUAAAACCAGGAAAGUCAAAAAAGCGAAAGAGAAGGAGAAGAAAAAGGAAAAGGGCAAAUUGAAAGUCAAGGAGAAAAAGCGGAAGGAGGAGAAUGAAGACCCAGAAAGGAAAAUAAAGAGGAAGGGAUUUGGCGCCAUGCUCAGGUACGGGCCUGCUUUGAAGGCAAAGUCGGUUUUGUUUCUCUUUUGGUUUCUCUUGGUGAAAUCACUGCUCCGAGUGCACUCAGGAAAAAAAAAGUGCAUGCCUUCCCUCCUCAUCGGCUAA